AUUGUUGAAGAAUCUGAUCUUCCAUCAGAAGUAAACCAACUUGAAAGUGUUGCGGCUCAAAGUUGUUUGGAAAUGGAUUUUUCAACAGACAGUGUAUCUAAAGCAAUUGAUACUUUCUAUCAAAGAAAUGGUGACUAUAACUUCAAAGCAAAAGAUUUGUGUGAAAUUUUGCUAGAGGAAGAAGAACAUGAUAAGUGUGUACCAGACAAAGCGGAGAUCACAACUAUUUCCGUGCAACCGACCGAUGGCCACGAUAUGGACCAUGCAGGUGACGAGAGUUACGCGACGCUUGAUAAGAUUGAUACCGUGUUCCAAGUUUUUAGAUAUUUCUCUAAAACAGGGACAUUUUUCAUACAAACAACCACUUCAUUUGUCUGUCAUGUCUGUCGAUAUUCUUCAAAAGUGAAAAAAUUUGAGCUACAUCAUGUUUGAUGAAUGUCAAAUGUGUAAAAUGUGCGAUAUAGAUCAUCUGACAUUCAUAGCAUAUCAUCAUUUAUACAACUGUCAUCAAUGUUUUAUGUUUCAAAGUACUCCCUUGUCAUAUCAUCUACAUGAUUAUUCUGAAAGGAUUUAGGAGAGUUUUGAGUAUUUUAUACAUUUGCGCAUACUCCCACAGCGCAUAAUUAUGCUUUUGGGACGUUUGUGUUGCAUUUACAUUUGACACCCUCGUACUGCAUCAACGAGGGCAAUGGUAAUUUGUGUUUUACAUGUGUUAUAUAAAUAUGUUUGAAUGCACUCGUAAAUUGGUUGGAGUGACUAAUGUAUACAGAAUGUUUCAAGUACAUAAGUAAAUGAACAGUAUGCUUCGUGUCUAAUACAAACAAUCAUACGUUUUAAUGAAGAAUUUAUAUAAUUAAAAUUGGUGAUUUAGAUGUGGUGUUUAAUAGAUAUGAUUGAAUGUACUACAGUGACUAGUGUAUACAUGCUUCAAGUAAAUAAGUAAAUGAACAGUAUGCUCCGUGUUUAAUACAAAAAGCAUACAUUUGAAGUAUAAUGAAUAUUAAUGAAUUAUUAUUAUAAUUGAUAAUUUGUUUUUGCUCUCAGCUCUCAGUCACAUACAUUUUAUUGGUAAAUGAGAAUUUAAUUCCCUGUAGGAGUUGAAAUCUACAAAAGUAAAAAUAGUAAAAGUGUUGGAAAGCAGUUUCGAAUAGAUUGAAUCUGUUCAAACAAGAUAGUGAAAGGCACAAUAUCUUUCGCACAACCUAGCACCGGCUUAAACAGUGUAUUGUAAUGUAUGGUCCCAAAAGAUGAUAUUUUAUAAUACUGAGACGAAGUACAUGGCAACUUUUGCAGCCGCCACACUGAAAAAUGUAUCAGACUUAUUAAACUACAAAAUCAGCGAAUCAGUAAAAUAAAAUCUUAUGAUAUAAAAUUAUGUUUUUGACUAAAAAGUAUUGAUACAUGCUGUAGGAUAUGAUCCAGAUAUAAAUUAUAUCACACGCGCUUUUUUUGCAACGCAAUUAUAAAAGAAAAUGAUAAUCAAAUGCUGCCAAACAAGGAUAUAUGAAAAUGGAAAUAGAUAUCUUGAAAUACCGUUUUACACAUGUCUCAACAACAUGACUUUGAUUUUCUUAUUGUUCGCCACAAACUGUAUAAAUGUCUUGUUCCAAAACAUUAAGAAAUGAAAUAAGUAUUUCAUAAACGUCUAUUUUCUGUAGAAGAAAAAUAGUUUAAAGCUAAGAAAAGCUUUUUUGAAUGAUUACAUACAUAGUCCGCAAACGUGACAUUGCGAAAUAAAUCUACUGAAAAGUUUUCACAUACAUGUACUCCCUGAAAUAAAUUGUGACAAAUAGGGUUUUCAUAGAUGGUAAGCUAAAAUGUUUUAUCCGAGUUUUUCAUGUAAACAAUAUGAUUUUCUUCGUCUGAUUGUAUUGUCAAGAGAUACCAUUCUACAAGUCAUGCCAAAACCAAAAUUAAUCUAUGAACUAUCAUUUGAAUAAUCGUUCGCAACUGCUUCAUUUGGUUAGAAGUAUCAAUGAACUUUUCAAAACGAUCUCUUUGUUUAUAUAUACUUGUAUCUCUAUAAUCUCUUUUUCAUUGAUGCUUAUCAAGAGGUUUUUCAUGCUUCAAGUUAUAUAUAUUUUACAAAAAAGCUUCUGAAAGUGACAGAAAGUCAAUCAAUGACUGUAUAUACAAAUGCUUGCGUCAGAAAAAAAAUGAACACAUUAUAUCAAGGAUCAUAUAGAAUAAAUGCCUCCUGCCAAAUCCUUUAAUCAGUUUAUAAGCAUCAACCAUAUUGAUAAGCACGAAUUUAUACAUUUUAAAUUCAGUUGCAUUUAUACUGUUUACAUAGCAAAAGAAGCAUUAUUCUUAUUAGAUUUAGAUCAUUAAUUGCUUGACAAUAUAUGUAAAAGAUGUACUUAAGUAAUUGACAAGCAGGCUCAAUCAAACUGAAGCUGCUGAGAUUUCGCCUAUUUGUCCCUUUUCUCAGACGUUAAAGCACGGAAACGAAAUGUAAUGUAAGGUUUUUCUUAGUUUAUCGUCAUAGUUCUUCUGUGUACUACAACAGAAGCACACAUUCAUUGCAUGCCGAUUCGUUUUAUUUGAAGACAAUAUGUGUCUUGUCAUGCAAUAAUGCGAGUCAAUGAAGAUUUCAUAAUGACCACCAUAUGAACACAUCAGCAAAUAUUUCUAAAUUUAAAAUUUCAUGUUUAAAGUAAUGACAUUAUGCUCAUUAUGCCAAUGUCAAUUUGCGUCGACACGACUAAGUAUAUAUUUCAAAAGAUUGACUGUUAUAAUGGUCAUUGUUAAAAACUUUUAAAUAAAUAUAUAAAUAUACUUAAAUAUAAAAGACUGCCAACUCUUUUCAUAAAUUGAACAUUAUAGGUUAUUUCUGAUGGAUAUUUACAAACUUUCUGGCGCUGUUAGUUAUUUAUCGUUCAUGCGAAUUAAUUUAUGAAAUGAAAUGAAGUAAACUUUCUCAAUCAAACCGAGUCUGCUGUUCUCAUGUAAUUUUGUUGUGAUUAAUGCUUCCGAGGGAUCACUUUGUUUCAAGAUUUUUAUUAUCACUUUCACCUCUUUACUUACUAUAUAUCCUUGCAUCGGCAUAAUACCGCUUUAAAUGUUUAAAUCUUGUUUAAGGCAGUGCUUAGGAUAUGGGCUAUAGCUUGUAUGUACCACUUCCGUCCAUUAACAGACCCAAUCUAACUGAGUUUGCAAAAUUUCAAUUAUGACGUUUUGGACUUUUUUUAGAGAUACUGAUGAUCUCAAUUUUGGAAGUUUAAGAUUUUUUAAGAAAAGCACGAAUUUGUGAAGUGUCCUGUUUUCUGAACAAUAAAAUACACGACUUUUUAAAUUUGUACCCGAUAUGCUGAGGAUUUAGCUUUUUUAUAUUACUUUGCUGUAAAUAUUCAAAACAAAAUACCCGACACAUGUUCGUGACCUUGCAAUGGAUGUAUCCAUUUGAAUGGCAUUGCAUGGUAAUUUCAUGCUGUCAAUUCAUACUGGCAUAAUGUUGGUCAAUUUAAAUUGGCAUAAAAUAGUGUUUGUGUCUUAUUUUCAAAUCUAUAACUUGAAUAGAGCUUGAAAUUUAACCCAAUUGCCUCGAAAUAUUGCUUUUUUACGGUAAAAACAUUACUAAGAUCGGAACUAUUGUACCAAAUACAUAAUUAAAAUUAAUUUCGGAAAAAUGAAAGAAAUUACUUCUUAUGUGAAAAUUUUGAGACAGUAAUACUUGCACAUGACAAAAUAAAACAAAAACAAAAACUGCUGAUAUGAGACAAAAAUUAUUAUUCAAAUAAUAAAAUAUGAUAAACAAGAUCAACAAGAAGGCGGCGUUCAAUGAACACAAUGGUGACCUAUUAGUUACACCAAAUGCUGUUUAAAAGAACAUAUUUAUAUCAUUUGUACCCAGAACAAGUUCUAUGAACAUUUUAAAUAUGAAGUUAACCUAAACCAAUCAAAUAACAAAAUGUUUCU